AUGAAGUUCUUAGAAAACCACAAUUUCGAUACUUUAUCGUCCAUACUCAGCGUUUUCGAAGAAGAUUGUCUCGAUGGAUCGAGAAUUGAUGCACGACUGGAAAGCUACAGCUGCAAACUGACGUCCGAGGACAAAAAACAGUUUGGACGAAGCAUACACAAAAAAGGCGUAGAUCCACAAGAGCUGACUGCACUUAGCCCGCCGUGCACAGGCGCAGUGACUCCGCCUUCUCGCGUCCGAACUUGGAGUCAAAGUUCCAACGAUGGUGUGCAAAUGGUCGGCGCCACUUCACGAAAGACACUCUGGUAUCUAAAAUCGACUCUCAAUCAUUCCUACGGUCUCGACUACGACUUUUCCACUACUGAAGCGGAUGACUUCGCGGUCGAGCCCAACUUCUUCUGGGUCAAGAAUUUCAUCGAUUCGACUCUUACUGCAGCACUUUCCUCUAAAUUCAAUAGCCACGUUCGACAGCAGCUUUGGGCAUCGAUCGAGGCAGAAAUCGUUCCUCAAGAAUGCGAGAUCUACUCUUACAACCCUGAUUCGUCGCCAGAAGAAGAGCCCACGAUUUGGUCCUUUCAAUUCUUCUUUUUCAACAAACGACUCAAGCGAAUCGUGUUUUUUAGCGCUCGCUCCGUAGCUGCCGCAUUCUGCGUUAUCGACGAUAACGCCAGUGAUGACGAGAGCUACGAGUACGCUUCUGUCGAGGUUUACUAA